CACCGAACCGGCGCCAUUGCUGGAUGUGUUCCCGCCCUGCUCUGCGAGUGCCCUCAGUUGUCCACAGUUCCGCAGCCAGAUGUCUUUGUAGAACUCCACUCCUCCUAGGGAGGGGAACAAGGAGGAGAAUAUAAUGGCUGCUGUGCUUUCUUCAGUUGGACCUCUGGAUUCAGUGACAUUUAAAGAUGUGGCUAUAGACUUCACAUUGGAAGAAUGGAGGUUGAUGGACCCUACACAGAGGGACCUGCACAAGGAUGUGAUGCUAGAGAAUUACAGGAAUCUUGUAUCCCUGGGGCUUGCAGUUUCCAAACCAGAUAUGAUAUCUCAUUUGGAGGAUGGAAAAGGACUAUGGGUAGUAGUGAGAGAAAUUUCAACAAGCCCCUAUCCAGAGUUGGAGACCAAACUAGCAACCAAGAAUGCUAUACUAACAGAAGAUAACUCUGAAGAUUUAUCACAGGAGAAAAUAAUGGAGAAACUCACAGAAAAUGGUCUAUGGGACUUCAGAAUGAGAGGAUUGUGGAAAUGGAAUGACAGGAUAUUGAGACUGCAAAAUAGUCAGGAGAGUCAGAGCCAAAGAAUAGUUACACAUAAGAAAAUUCCCACUGGUCAAAGAGGUGUUAGAUUUGGGUCUAUUUUUUGUCCAGAAGAGCUCCAAAGCAAGUGCCAAGCACAUGAGGGAAAUUUCACAGGAAAUUUAGAUUUGAAUAAAGAUAAAUUGGGGGAGAAAAAUUGCAAGGAUACAGAAGGCCACAAAGAAAUAAGGCCUACUUCAGAACUUACUUUAGGGAAAAUACUCAAUGAUAAUGAAAAACCCUACAAAUGUAGUACAUGUGAAAAGGCCUUUCGUUAUAGGUCGUUACUCAUUCAACAUCAGAGAACUCACACUAAAGAAAAACCUUAUAAGUGUAAUGAAUGUGGGAAAAUGUUUAGCCAGCCUUCUUAUCUUAGUCAACAUAAAAAAAUUCACACUGGAGAAAAACCGUAUAAGUGUAAUGAAUGUGGAAAGGCCUUUAUUGCUUCUUCAUCACUUAUGGUACAUCAGCGAACUCAUACUAAGGAGAAACCUUAUCAAUGUAAUGUCUGUGGAAAAUCUUUUAGCCAGUGUGCACGCCUUAAUCAGCACCAGAGAAUUCAAACUGGAGAGAAGCCCUAUAAAUGUAGUGAAUGUGGGAAAGCUUUUAGUGAUAAAUCAAAACUUGCACGACAUCAAGAAACUCACAAUGGAGAGAAACCCUACAAAUGUAAUGAUUGUGGGAAAGCCUUUAGGAAUAAGGCAUAUCUUAGUGUACAUCAGAAGACCCAUACUGAAGAGAAACCAUAUAAAUGCAAUGAGUGUGGGAAAUCCUUUAAGAAUACCACAAUUUUUAAUGUUCAUCAGAGAAUUCAUACUGGAGAGAAACCCUUUAGAUGUAAUGAAUGUGGAAAAGCCUAUAGAAGUAAUUCAAGCCUUAUUGUACAUAUAAGAACUCAUACUGGAGAAAAACCCUAUGAAUGUAAUGAAUGUGGGAAAGCAUUCAAUCGUAUAGCAAAUUUCACAGAACAUCAGAGAAUUCAUACAGGAGAAAAACCUUAUAAAUGUAAUGAGUGUGGGAAAGCAUUCAUUAAUUAUUCAUGCCUUACAGUACACUAUAGAAUGCAUACAGGAGAGAAACCUUAUAAGUGUAGUGAAUGUGGAAAGGCCUUCAUGCGUUCUUCAUCUCUAAUUAUACAUCAGCGAAUUCAUACUGAAGAGAAACCUUAUCUAUGUAAUGAAUGUGGGGAAUCUUUCAGAAUAAAAUCACAUUUAACUGUACAUCAGAGGAUUCAUACUGGAGAGAAACCAUAUAAGUGUACUGACUGUGAGAAGGCAUUCACCAAAAUGGUGAAUCUCAAGGAGCAUCAGAAAAUUCAUACUGGAGUGAAACCCUAUAAAUGCUGUGACUGUGGAAAAUCCUUCAGGACUAAGUCAUACCUUAUUGUACAUCAAAGGACCCAUACUGGAGAAAAACCAUAUAAAUGUAAUGAAUGUGAGAAAGCUUUUACUAACACAUCACAGCUUACUGUGCAUCAAAGAAGGCAUACUGGAGAAAAACCCUAUAAAUGUAAUGAAUGUGGGAAGGUUUUUACAAGUAACUCUGGAUUUAAUACCCAUCAGAGAACACAUACUGGAGAGAAACCAUUUAAAUGUAAUGACUGUGGGAAAGCAUUUAGCCAGAUGGUACAUGUCACAGAACAUCAGAAAAUCCAUAGUGGGGAGAAACCCUAUAAAUGUGAUGUAUGUGGAAAAGCCUUCAGGAGGGGUUCAUACCUUACAGUGCAUUGGAGAACACAUACUGGAGAAAAACCCUAUACAUGCAAAGAAUGUGGGAAAGGUUGUAUUACUCUAUCACAGCUAACUCUACAUCAGAGAAUUCAUACUGGGGAGAGGCCCUAUAAAUGUGAAGAAUGUGGAAAAGCCUUCAGAACUAACUCAGAUUUUACUGUACAUUUGAGGAUGCAUACUGGAGAAAAACCCUAUAAAUGUAAUGAAUGUGGAAAAACUUUUAGGAGUAGCUCAAGCCUUACUGUACAUCAGAGAAUUCAUCAGAGAGAAACUCAGCUAAUGUAAAUAAUAAAUCAUUCAUCCAGAUGUCUACUCAAGAAUAAUCAUAAUCUAUGUGUUUAAUGAAUGUGUGACUUUCAGAAUCAAUUUGCCAGGAAAUACACACAGAAAAGAUACUCUAUAAACAUAUCAAUGUGGAAAAGCACUUAAUCAUAUUAAAUCUUAGAAGUUGUAAAAAAAAUUCACAAUAGAGUGCAGUAAUAGACAAAUGAAAGCCUUCACCCAGAUUUCACACUUUAUUCAUUUAACAGAUUAUUUUCAAUGGAUUACCUAUAUAUAUAUAUUUGCCUAUUUUUCUAUUGUUUGUCAAAUAAAUUUGGAGUUGCUCUUUAUAUAUUUUAGAUAUUAAUUCUUUUGUCAUGUGUUUUGCAGAUGUUUUUCUUAAUCUAGCAUUUGUCUUUAUAAUUUUUUAUAUAGUAAAAGAAUUUACCACAUUUUUUUUCUGUUUUCCUUUUUUCUUACUAUUUUAGUUAAAAGGGUCUUCUUAAUUCCUAGGUUAUACAUAGUGUCCUAAAUUUGUUUCUAAGAUUUUGAUCAUUUUAUUUUUUACAUUGAAGUCUUUAACCCAUCUGGACUUGAGUGCUAUUGAUAGAAGAGCAACUCCAAAUGGCCAUUAACCUAUGAAAUAUUAUGACCCUAAACAGUAGUACUCAGGGAAAUGCAAAUUAAAACAUCCAAUGAUAUCAUCACUUUCACUUCAUGGAGUUAGCCAAAUUAAGAGAUCUUUUACUAGUGAGGUUUAGGAAAUCAUGUACUCUCACCAAAAGGUUAUACCAAUUUCUAUUUUCACCAGCAAUCCAAUUUUAAAAUAUUUAAUAUUUGAGAAAUAAAAAAUGUUUUGACUCAGAAGUCUGUCCCACAGAGAUAAGAGCAUCAGUGAACAAGAGUACACAAAUAAGGGUAUUUGUUUAAGUAUAGUUUUGGAAGCAAAGAAGAAACCCAACUGGAGACAAAAUGAAAGGCCACUAACGGGAGUGGUUGGAUGAAUUGUGAUGUACCCUGAUACAUGUAAUAGCAUGAGAGUAAUUUUUAAAGUGAGUUAUAUCUACAAGCUGACCUCAUUUUCCCCACAAUUUUUGAUAAAUCACUGCUUUAAUACAGAUAUGUGUAUGUAUACUAUUUCAUUUUUGUUAAACACAAAUUUAUAUAUUUAUGUGUGUAUGUGAUUAGAUGAACAUGGAAACAGGUAUGAAAAAAUAUACACCAGACAGUUAAUAUUGGUUAACUUGGAGGAGAAAAGAAGUAGGAGGGUAAGUAAGGGAAAAGAUGGGAAAAAAGAGAAAUGUUAAGAGCAGCAUGUAUGGUAUAAAUUGUAAAAUUAAGUAUUUCUGUGAACUUUGGGAGCCAUAAGCGAAGGGAUGGUCUCCAAAACUUAAUGAUGGUUGUUUCACAGUUGGUGGAGUAUCAGCUGUUUUUUGUUUGACUUUUCUGCACUUCACUAUAUUUUUAAGUUUUUCUUUACAGGGAGCAUGAAAAACCUAUUUUUUCUUGUGAAGCUAAUAUUUUGGACACGUUAUGCCAGAAAUCAUCCUGGGUGCUAAAUAUACAUUGGUGGGGGAGGGUGGUCAUGGAUUUAAGGACACAGGAAUUGGUUUUGAUGGCUGCCUAAAUUCCAAGGUUACCCAGCACCUCACCUCCCCACCCCAUGUGUUUCAUUUAGAGAAGGUAAUAUAAGUUGUAUAUAGAUGGAAAACAUCCAAGAAUAUCUAGACAUGUUCAGGUUGUAGAAAAGAAGACUCCAAGCCUCAGAAGUUCCACUUUCAACAUUGUGCCAAGUAAAGGCCACAGUGGUAAAAAGUUCUGGGUAUAGCCUCACAGAACAUUGGAGUACAGAGAGUGGAAAUAGCCAAGGACUCCCAAGUCCAAAAAUGAAGGCUGGGAAUACUACAAGAAACCUGAAGUCAAAGUGGGAAUCCAGAAGCCAAGGAUCUGAUACCAGAAGGCUCUAACAGAUCAUGAACCUGAUACCCAAAAAGAGUAAGACAAGACGAUGAGCUAUGCUUGAGUGGAGACUGAAGGAAAGAAAAUCAAAUGUUUCUCUUAAUGAUGUAUACUAUAGAUAAGUGUAUAUUUAAUAUUAUGGAGGGAAUAUUGAAUAAGUGAUAUGUGCUAUCUCCCAUUAUAAAUGAAUAAUUUGACAUUGUGGUUAAAAUGACCAUUUCUGAUUGAAUUUUAAUAGUGAGAUUUAUUAACUAUUACCAAGACUUACUUUCUUUGGAUAUAAUGUACCAGUUUCUGAUCAGAAAGUUUGAGGAUUAGACCUUGAAAUGCUACUCAAAAAACCCUGCUGUCAUUACAAAAUAAUCACAGGCAUGUACAGCACAGUAUGGGAAAUAUGGUCAAUAAUAUGAUAAUAACUGUUUGGUGUCAGGUAACUAGAAUUAUUGGCAGAUCACCUCAUAAGUAUAUAAAUAUCUAACCACUGUGCAUGGCACCUGAAACUAGUAUAAUAUUGAAUGUCAACUGUAAUUGAAAAAUAAAUAUUUUUAAAACCCUCUGCUGUCAAACAGUUGACAUGAUGAUGAUGCUGACUCUAUUAUUGGCUGCUGAUUUCUACCUCCUAACAUAUACACCCAAGCCCUGCCUCCUAUCCCUGCUUUAGAGCCAAGCGUUUCAAGAAGAGGAACAGAGUUAGCAGAUUCAAAUGACAUAAGAACUGAAAAGUGUCCAUUGGGUUAGAGAAUGGAGAUGACACAGGGCAUCUUUACUAGAGCAGUUUCAGUGGAGUGGUAAGACUCCAAAGCCUGGUUCUAGUGGGUAAUGGUAUCUCAUUAUAGGUAUAAUUUCCAUUUUCUUGCUGGCUAAUAAUGUUGAGUCCCCUUUUAGGUGUUUAUUGUUUUUUUUAAUAUCUUCUUUUGAGAAGUGUAUGUUCAAGACUUUUGCUCAUAUUUUCAUUGGGAACUCUUUUUGUUCAUUUAUAGUUUUCUUUAAAAUUCUGUAUAUAAGGCAUUAGAUAUUUGUAACAUUACAAAUAUCUGUUCAUCUACCGCUUGCCUUUUCUCUCUCUAAAUGAUGUCCUUUGAUGAAAAGACGUCUUUAAUUUUGAUGGAGUAAUUCAUCAAACUUUCUUUUAUGAUUAGUGCUGAUUUUCAUGCUGAGUUUAAGAAAUCUUUUUCUAAUCCAAUGUCAUAAAGGUAUUUUCCUGUAUUUUAUUAUGCAUAUCUGCUGUUUUUACUUUUAUAUCUAAAAGUGUUUUAUAUCUAAAAUCUGAAAUUAAUUUUUAUGGGAUAGGAUAGAGGUCAAAAAUAAUAUUUUCCAUUAAAAUAUAUAAUUUAUUUAACAUUAUUUAAUUAAAAGACCAUCUCCCCUCCUCCUUGGGUUGAAGUGGUUAUACUUACGAUAAAUCAGAUGAUCAUAUUAUGUGAGGGUCCAUUUCUAGAUCAUCUAUUCUGUUGCAUUAUUAAAUACCAAAAGUUCUUAGUGAAAACAGAUUUAGAGUAAGUCUUGGUAUAUAGUGGAAUAUAUCUUCUAAUUUUGUUCUUGUUUAAAAUUUUCACUGCAAUUUUAGGUCCUUGGCAUUUUCAUAUUCAUUUUUUAAUGAUUUUUAAAAAUUACUCCACAUGAAAAAGUUGGGAUAUUCAUGGAUAUUGUUAAAUAUAUAGGUUAAUUUUGGAGGAAAGGGCAUCUUAACAAUAUUAAGGCUUCCAGACUAUGAGCAUACUAUACCUUUUCAAUUAUAUACAUUUUAUCAUUUCAGCAAUUUUUGUAUUUUUCCAGUGUAGAAGUUUUGAACAUUUUUGUUGAAUUAGUCAUGUGUA